AUCUCUCACUUGGCCACCCAACGUCAACUACGACUCUUGCCAUUUUCUCGACCACGGUGAUAGCCGAAGUCAGAACCUCAAGGUCUCAUUCUGAGGUUUCAUUGCAACCCUCUUGUCUUCUGCCACUCUAACUACGAAAUCUAAGAUCUUGGAAACAAUAUGAAUACCCAGCCCUCGCUCUUCACCCCUGGAUGUCCCUGCUGCGCAGAGGAGCUAGGAUUAGGCGGCAUACCUGCUGCCUCAGGUAGCCGCCACCGUCAUCCUGCAUCUGAUCCUCGUGAAAGAGGUCGAAAAGAAUUGACUCAAUGUCAACAAUGUUGGAGGUCGAAAGCUCCUGGUGUCACACCCUUUCGUUGCACUGGAUGCAAAGUUGAUCUUUAUUGCAGCAAAGAGUGUCAAAAGAAGGCAUGGCCUUCUCAUAAAACAAAAUGUCGCCUCAAUCAACGAACUCAGGAAAUGCCUGAGAUGAACUUGCAGUCUUUACAACUUCUCCGAGCCUUUACGAGCAAACACCGCCCUACUAUCGCUGAGGCCGGUGUGCGUUCCCUCGAUCUCUAUUCCGAUCCGAGCCGCGCAAAGAACUACAUCCUCAUGGUCUUCCUUCGCUCACGUCCUGAGUCUAAACGAACGGAGACGGCAUUCUAUGCAACUGGUGCAGAUGUUGUCUCUUUCGAUUUCUUCCCGCAGGAGAAAAGGGAGGAAAUGCAACAACAGCUCCAGUUUGCUCACAACCAGAACGUUCGUUCUGGCCAUGGCAUGAUUGGUGCGCUCUUUGUGAUGCUCAUGGUAGUGGACACCAUGGCGACCAAUGUGGCGUCUGUCGGCUUCUCAAGGGACGCUUUGGCUCCCCCUGGAAACUGGAAGGAAGAGAUGCUGAUCAAGAUGAACGAGGGCGUCGUCAUCUGAGCGGACUGAGCUACUCGUUUCAUUCUCAUUUUUUUUUCCUAUCAUGUCUACUGUGCUCAAGUGUCCCUCAUGCAGUACGCAUGUUCUUGUAUACCAUCGACCUAGUCGCUUCUUUGAUCUGUCUUGUUCUCAGAUCUGCACAUUGUUUCUCAUGUGGUUUACUGUCACGACAGCGCAUCAGGUGCCCUGAAUCUCCUUUCCAAGAUUUCUUUUUUUCUUUUCUUUGAUCGGGCGACGAGUAGGCCAUGUACUCGAGACCGAUACACGUUAACUAGUGAACUCAAGACCUAGUACCUGAGGCAAGGCGGUGCCGCUACAACUGCUUCUUGCCUUUAUACAGUGAGGGCGACUUUUAAUCAUAUUUGUUCUUCAUGGCAAGGC